AUGUCUCUCAAGGACUCUGCAUUCCCUUCCUCCGCCGCCUUCGAUGCAAUCCAAUCAUCCCUCUCCUCCUCCGACGCCGACCGCAAAGACGCCAUCAAAAAAGGCGCCGCGAUCUUCUGCUUUAAGCUCAAAAACUCUUCCGGCGCCGAGCAAGCCUGGCAUAUAGACCUCAAGACCACCGGGCAAGUAGCCAAGGGGGAAGCACCACAAGGCAAAAAAGCAGAUGUCACGCUGAGUUUAUCCGAUGCGGAUUUUGCAAAGAUGGUGCAGGGAAAGACGAAGGCGCAGAGUCUGUUUAUGAGUGGGAAAUUGAAGGUCAAAGGGAAUGUGAUGAAGGCGACGAAGAUGGAGCCGAUCCUGGCAAAGGCGCAGGAGGGGAUGAAGGCCAAGUUGUGA